AUGGCUCCUCCAAGCCACCCAGCAAAGAAAAUUCGAACAAAGGAAAGUACAAAGAUAUACAAGCUUAAGGCUGUCCGGGCGACUCAGUCAGCUGGAAAUUCAGUUCUUUUGUUCCCAAGUGUGGAAGAAUGGGGCUCAAGCCGAGCGCAUAAGAAAGCCCAAAACGAGAACGACCUGAAUAUGGAUAAGAACUGA